AUGCUUCCUACGCCAGAUACCUCACAUGUGUCUUUUGACACCAUUUACGAGCCAUCCGAAGACUCAUAUCUCUUCCUAGACACGCUGGCCUCGGAUUCAGAGUCGAAAUGGCUCUCUGCACGAUUCCCAAACCAGAGCACAUCACCAUUAGUUGUCGAAGUAGGCACCGGCUCCGGCGUAGUCCUUGCCUUCACAGCAGCCCAAUCUGAAAAGAUUUUCGGCCGCCGCGACAUCCUGGCGCUAGGCACGGACGUGAAUCGAAAUGCAUGCAUCGCUACACGGGAAACCGCAACAACAGCCAUUAAAGCAGAGCAGCAGCCAACCCCUCAGUCAAUCCAUAUCUCUUCACUUACAGCUGAUUUAUGCGCACCUCUCCGACCUGGCAGCGUUGACGUUCUGCUCUUCAAUCCACCUUACGUUCCGACUGAGGAUCUUCCGCGCUUGCCUUCUGCGGUGGAUAAUGAUCCCGCUACGGCGGAGGCUAUGUCUCGUUCUGAUAAGUUCGAUAAUGACUCUUAUUUUUUGUCGUUGACAUAUGCGGGCGGGGCGGAUGGUAUGGAGACCACGGAUCGAUUGCUUGAAGCUAUUCCUGGCGUGCUUUCGGCGCGGGGUGUGGCGUAUGUUUUGCUGUGCAAGCAGAAUAAACCCGAGGAGGUCAAAGACCGCAUUCGUGCCUGGGGGUGGCAGGCUGAGAGUGUGGGAUCGAGCGGGAUGCAGGCUGGUUGGGAGAAAUUGGUUAUUGUGAGAAUCUGGAGAGAAGAUCAUUCUUGA